CAAAAGUAAAGCGGCAAAAUAAGAAUCCUUAAACCCUAAACCCUAGUUUCUGCCAAAGCUUUCCCCCUUCACUCUUCUCAUUCACCUGUAGCUUUGUUUUAGCUUAAAAGAGGCUAUUUAAGUUUUGCCCCAGCUUAAUUUCAAUUCAGAUAACGAAAAAUGUCAUUUGAUGGGAGUUUUCGGGUGGAUUAUGAGCUGCAGAGGUUCCUUUCUCGGUGCCCUGAGCUUGCUUCUAUAUCCCAAUUCGAUUACUUAUUAAAGAAGGGUGAUAAAGUUACAGGAGAAGAAGUGGUGAAUGCUUUGGGACAACUUAUGAUACAUCCAAAGUAUACAAUCCCUUUGGUCGGAUGUUUUCGUCCGCUUGCUCGGAAAAUUGUGGACAUAGCUAUUUCCUUGCUUAGAUUGGUGCCCAAUUUGAGGUGCAACGAUGAUGGUGACUUGAUGGAGGUCGACCAAGAAGACGAUUGUAGAGAAGUUGAAGGUUUAGAUAUUGAAGAUACUAUUCGUAUUAUUGAUGUUUAUGCUAAAAGAGGGAAGGGCUUGAAACUUCAUGAACUAGCUUGUCUGGCAUUUUGUAGAGCUCAUGAUUUGGUCCCUUCAUUAUUGAGGUCUGUAUUGGGUUAUUUUGAGUUUGCUCCCCCUCCAUUCGAAGGAAUUAGACAGAGAAAAUCAGUUAUGGAGGCAGUUGUUCUGAGAGGAGGAGUUUCUAAGUCCUCCUUCUCCAUGUGGAACACUAUUCCUGCAGCUCCGUGCUGG